UCCCUACUUUGAUUACUAUUAGGUACUUUAGUAUUUUGAUUACUUUCAUCUGUUUUUGCUGAAAAAAAAGUAUAUUUAUAUUUAUAUUGAUUAAAAGUAUAUAUAGGAACAGUACUGUAAGCAAGAAUUUAUAUUUGGAUUGUAAAAUUCCAAACAAAAAUGGUGUAUUUACAUUUUCCUUCCAAUCUAACGGAAGAGGAAUUAAUGCUUCAAGCUAAGUAUCAAAAAUUAAAGAAAAAGAAAAAGGCGCUGCAAGCUCUUAAAGCUCCUAAACAAGAACCAGAAAAACCCAUACUACCAAAACGACCAACAGAAGCUCGUGAUGCACGUGAAAUUGCACGAAAAUUAAUAAAAAGUGGAGCAAUUCAAGCUAUUAAAAGUCCUCCUCCACCACCUCAAAAUGCUACUUUUAAGCGACCGCGAGCAGGGAGGGAAAGAAAGCUCAGUGGUUCUGCUGGAGCUACAGGUGGUGUUGCUUCUUAUCAACCCUUCAGUGCAUCACAAGAGCCUCCACCUCCAGAAGAGAAACCUGCUCCUCGAGUCAAAUACCUUUAUGAUUCAUUCGUGACGGCACGUGACAAAGAAGAAAAAUUACCACGCAAUAAUAAUACUGGUGGAGAAACUCCAAAUGCAGCAGCAGUCAAAAGUUGCACAUUGCAAGUGGCAGGCACAAAAAUUACAGAAGAAGUGAUCAGGCGCAGAUUAGUCACAUUCGAACCAUUCACAUAUGCUCAAGAUAAUGAUGAAGAAAGAGUUUUUCUGACAUUUGAAACUGCAGAAAUAGCUGUUCAUGCUCAAACUGCUCUGGAAGGUAACGAAGAGGGCUGGAAAAUGACACUUGUUAGAAGACCACCACCAACAGGUGCUUGGACGCCAUCUCCCUCACCACGAAAUCCACCACAGCCAAAAGAUGCGAAGCGUACUUUACUAACUUAUGAUGAUAUGUUCGACUGAUGUCUUAUGUUAUAUUACACUUACAUAGUUGUUAACGUAUUCUAUAUAAAUUAAAGUUUAUUUAGAGUUUAUUUCUUUGUAUUCGGAAUUUGUGAUUUUGGUUUAGGCGCUCUCUUAAACCGGCUCAAUUAGGGAUGGA